AUGAAGCAAGCUUUCGUCGACAAGGACACUAUCGUCACAAUCCGGGAGACGGAGAUCCCCGUCCCCAAGGAGGGCCAGGUCCUUAUCCGGGUCGUGGUGUCUGGCACCAACCCCAAGGACUGGAAACUCCCGCGCUGGACCGGAAACGCCAAGGGUGCCAACGAGGGAGAUGAUAUUGCCGGCUAUGUCGAGGCUGUUGGAGAGGGAGUAGUUGGCUUCGCCAAAGGAGAUAAGGUGGCUGCGUUCCACGAGAUGAUGACCGCCGAUGGAAGCUAUGCGGAAUAUGCGAUUGCGCCAGCCCACACUACUUUCCACAUUCCUGCCAAGACCAGUUUUGAAGAGGCCGCGACUCUGCCCCUGGCGGCCAUGACUGCCGCGGUUGGUCUAUACCAGAGAUUGGACCUACCGCUCCCUUGGAAUCCUACCAAGGAGCAAAUCCCAUUGGUAGUCUACGGCGGAGCCUCCGCUGUCGGUGCAUUUGCCCUGAAGUUCGCCAGUCUCUCCAACAUCCACCCACUUAUCGUGGUCGCCGGAAAGGGAGCUUCCUUUGUGGAGACACUCAUUGACCGCAGCAAGGGCGACACCAUCAUCGACUACCGCGAAGGUGACGAGGCCAUCCGUGCACAGAUCAAGGCUGCCGCUGGCGGGAAGCCCAUUCACCACGCCUAUGAUGCAGUUUCGGAGAAGGGCAGCUGGGAAAACCUCCGCGCUACCCUGACAGCCCCGGGCAAGAUUACCACAGUGCUGCCCUGUGAAGGCGAAAACGACGACAACAAAAUUGUCAUCCACCGAACCAUGGUCGGUACAGUUCAUAUGCCUCCUUCUGAGGGGUUGACAAUUGAAGAUCGCGAGUUUGGCGCGGCAUUUUACCCGUUCAUCGGUCGGGGCCUGGCGGGUGGCUGGUUCUCUGGACACCCUUAUGAAGUACGCCCGGGUGGACUAGGUGGACUCCAGGGGGCUUUACAGGGGCUCGCCGACGGAAAAGCUUCAGCUGUCAAGUAUGUUGUGAGGAUCGGCGAAACGGACGGUGUCUCACAAUAA